UUUGUCUACAAUCUAGUUCACUGCUACUGAAGUUAAUGCUGAGACUGGUGACACUGAUGCUUAACUGGAACUAGUAAGACUGGUGCUGCUACUGCUGGAACUGGUGCUGCCACUGCUGGGACUGGUAACACUGGUGCUGCCACUGCUGGGACUGGUACUGCUACAGCUGGGACUGGUAAGACUGGUGCUGCGACUGCUGGGACUAGUAAGACUGGUGCUGCCACUGCUGGGACUGGUGCUGCUACUGCUGGGACUGGUAAGACUGGUGCUGCCACUGCUGGGACUGGCAAGACUGGUGCUGCCACUGCUGGGAUUGGUAAGACUGGUGCUGCCACUGCUGGGACUGGUGCUGCUACUGCUGGGACUGACUUUCAUUGAAGUUCUGAAAACCUACCCUGACCUGUGGAUGAAAAAUGGUUAAAAACAUUUAUUACAAAGUUUUACUUAUUGUCAGUAUUUUUGUUUUUUUCCCAUGUUUAUUCAUGUACAGCAGGAUACAUGAAACCAAAACAUAUCCUGCCCCACAGAUAAAGAGUAGAUUGAUUCAUAUGAGUAAAAAACAAGUUCAGAAAAUUACAUUAAUUGAUUUGAAUAAAAAACGAGUUCAGAACGUUACAUUGAUACCUGCGAAGCAAAAAGUAACCAGGAAUAAAAUUGUCCAAAAUGCUAUGACUGUAAGAUCCUGGCCGGUAUGGAAGGAAAACACCUCUACUGAUGAUCUUGGCGCCUCACUGAAGGAUAUCAAGAACAAUUACCAGGCACUGAACAAAUACAAUGUGACAUUGAUCUGGAAAAAUGUGUCUACAAAGCUGAGCCAGCAGGAGCUCCUGUGCGAGCUCAAAACUCGCGUACCACUUGAGAUGAUUAAAGCAGGUGACGGCCCCGUCAAAGGAGGGGAUUGGCAGAAAUACUUGCCCACAAAGGACUUGAAUAAGAAGUUUGAAAACCUCAAGCGGUGUGCUAUAGUGUCAUCGGCAGGCUCUUUAAAAAAUGCAAAACUGGGAGCUGAAAUAGAUGACCACGAUGCUGUCAUGAGAUUCAAUGCCGCUCCGACUGAUGGGUAUAGCACUGAUGUGGGGGAAAAAACUUCUAUUCGAAUAAUAAAUUCACAGCUUGUAUAUGAUGAACAGCACCAUUUUCUAACGGAUCCUCUUUAUCAGACCGGAGUGUUAAUCCUGUGGGAUCCUGCACCUUAUAAACAAGAUCUUCAACAUUGGUACAACAAACCAGACUAUUCCUUCUUUGAGAGGUAUAUGGAAUACCGUAAGAAACAUCCUGAGCAGCUCUUUUAUAUCAUGAACCCGGUUAUGCAGUGGAACCUGUGGGACAUUAUUCAGGAGAAUUCACUGGAGAAAAUCCAACGCAACCCCCCUUCCUCCGGGAUGCAAGGCAUCGCAUUAAUGAUGAGCCUCUGUGAUGAGGUGAAUGUGUAUGAAUUCCUGCCUUCUAAGAGAAAGUCUGACAUUUGUCAUUAUUACCAGAAGUUCUAUAACCGAGCCUGCACAAUGGGUGCCUACCAUCCCUUAAUGUAUGAGAAGAACCUGGUUAAGAGGAUGAACCAGGGAACAGAUCAUGACAUCUUCCACUACGGGAGAGUGACCUUACCAGGAUUCCGGAAUAUUCACUGUUCAGCAAAGGCAAGGCAGACCUAAACUGGUACAGCAGGGCUUAAUAAUAAUACACUGUGAUGGGAAAACUUUUCGGUGUUAUGGAAAAUCCUCUGGGGAAAUAAGCAUUCACAAAUAAUGCUUAGAAAACACUCACUCGGAACUGAAACCUCCCUUCAACUCCCUUGCAAUGCCAUCCCCACUUAAUGGCAUUUUACAUUUGUGUUCUCCCUCUGUGCGGGAUGCAAAGUUUAUCGUUUGAAUUUACUGAAACGCGUUGCAUCUUUUGAAGUAAGUCAUUUUACCAAAAAUGUGAAGAUUUAUACUGGGUUAUGACCGUGACUGAAGAUGUUGUUAGCAAAGUGAACAUUAUCAUAGUAUGUUACUUAAAACAUAAUGACACAAUAUAUUCAUAAUAAAUUUGAGUUCUUAUCUAUAAACAGUAACAUGUUUAACACUUGGGAUUCGCUGUCUGUAGCUUGGUGUUGUUUACAUUAUCGUCAGCAUAUUUGAAGUGAUUGGAAGCUGAAAUAAAUUUUUUUAAAACACACUUUUCUUAUACCAAUACAGUAUUGGUGAGCGAUAAUCAGUUUGUUUGAAAACCAGACUUUAAUCACUGAUAAUAGGUGCACAGGUGGUGAUUCCAUGAGUGCUCCGGGGUUCAAGCACCAAUGGGGGAAAAUGGUCCUGUAGAUUGCAAAUAAAUCACCGGUUCUGUCAAAUUAGUGUGAAUGCUUCACAAGUAGAGCUGUUAUUGCAGUGUUUAAAAAUAUAAAAUCAAUUUAUACAAAGACUCCCAGCUUUCUUGAAAAGAUCUGUGUUUCCCUCGUUUUUCUUUUGUAUUUGUAAUGCUCUCAUUAGUAUCUAAACCUAGUAGAUACAGCAUCUGUCAGUUCUGGCAGAUUCUACUGUACUUGCUGAAGUGGUUUUCAGCCACUGCUAAUUAAAAAAAAAAAAAAAAUAGCUACCUAGCUAACAAUUUCAUCCUGAGGGCUACAAUGAAACGUACUGUCUUUAAAUUAAAUUGGGACUUUAGUGAAGACCACAUGUGUACAUGAGUACAUUAGUUAUUGUAGAUAGUAAUUCAUAGCCAUAGCAUUUUUGUAAAUAGCAACACACGUAAUGUACAAUAAAAUAAGCAUUUUAUUUAUGUCAUCUGUGUCAAUUUGAGGCGGAUCUUCAUGGUCGGCAAGGUGACACAGCUGAGAGAAUUUUUUCCUGUCAUCCCGUCCGGUGCUGUCAAUGUCAGUUUCUCAGCACACAGUACAGUAGUUGCUCAGUAACGAGGUGCAAACAGGUGAUUGAUUGAUCUGUAUGAGGGUUUAUGAAGGUGCUUUGUUAAAAAAAAAUAUAUAAAUCUCAAUUUAUAACAGUGUUUAUUUUUUAGCAAAAUAAAAUCUAAGCCUAUUUUUAGGGACCCCAACUGUUGUUAUUGAAUCCAACUUAGGCACUUCACAUGAGCAAGUUUCAAAAGGUACUAGUCCUUGGACUAGUCGCACAAUAUUGUUAGUUUCUAACCCUGUGUACUAUAGCGCUUUAUUAAGACUUAUGUUAUUGUGAUUGUUUACAAUUUGAACAUAACUAACUACUGAAGCACUUAUGUUGGUAUUAUCCCUUCCUGCUGUCUGAUAAAAAAUAAACCACUGUUUAUUUAUUUUAAAAGUUAUUGUAUUACAUAUAAAAGCAAAAUAUAUGCAA